AUGACAGAAUACACAUUUAAAUGGCCCAAGGGCCCGAACGAAGUGCUGCUAACCGGAGAUUUCGACAACUGGAGUGGCAGUUUGCCCUUGGUGAAAAAUGCGUUGCAGGGUGAUUUUGCCAUCACAAUGCCUAUCUCGGGAACGCCAGAGGAGAAAUUCAGGUUCAAAUUCAUUGUGGAUGGCGAUUGGCAGACAAGUAACGAAUUUCCGACGGAAACUUCGCGCGAUGGUAUCGUCAAUAACAGUGUGAGCGUUGCAUGGUUUGCAUCACAAGCUGCUGCUGCCGCCGCUAUGUCCCAGGCGUCAUCCGAAGAGGGCCCCAAGCAGUCCAAAAUCCCAGAAAUUGGUCUCAACCUGGUGGCCCCAGAAGUGGCAGCACCUGUCUUGGGAACGCAGGCGCCUCAAAAGGCUCAGCCAGCACCCCGUUCCAACAAGAAAAACAAGAAGAAGAAGAUCCAAAUCAAACGCAGAAUCCGUAGAAACAAAAAAACCGGUGAAAGAACCGUCCUGUCUGAGGAAAGAUCUGAAAUAAAGUCUGGCACCGACACGGACACGUAUGAGACCGAGGAAACAGCCACUGCUACUGCUACUUCAAGAGAGGAGACCCCCUUGUCGGCAAACGAGGGUGAAGCCCCUAUUGUAGCCGUGGUGGAAACUGGACACACGAAAUCCGUGCAGAAUGGAUUCCAAAGCACCGUUAUGCCCUCACAAGAGAACCAACAGCAAACUUUAGGCGAGCCCGGUAUUGCCAUUGUUCCUAACCCCCAAGAAAUUAAAGAAUUUUCAGAAAUCAGAGACGUGGACCAGAACGAGCUCAACGAAAGACUCAACCGCGAGUUGGCUGCUAAGGAUCAUGCAGAAGGUGUGAAGAAACCAGAAACUGACGAAGAUCUGGGUCACAUUUCAUUAAAGCCUGAGGCUGGCGUUCAAGAACCAGACCACUCGGUACUAGAGUUUCCUGUCAAGGAAAAGGACACGAGUGCACCAGAAUUCCCAGUUGCGCUUAAAGAAGAGAGCGAGGUCGAGGCUAUAAAAUCUCCAGAUUACUCGGCGGUGGAAUCGGAUUUGAGUGCACCAGCGCUGAAAUUGGCGCCAACCCAGGAAUCCGUACCAAAGGCUGCGGUCCAGGAGAAGAGUGUUACGUCAACGGCUCCAGAAGACAAUUUGAAGGCCGCGCCUUUGGGUGCAACAGCUUUACCAUUGGGUGCAGCAGCCCUACCACUAGGUGCAGCAGUGAUACCACCAGUCGAGAACGCGGAUAUUGGGACUCUACCACCAGUUGAGGAUAAAGAAGUCAAGGCUCUGCCACCUGUCAAAGACGCAGAUGUCAAGGCUCUACCACCAGUUGAGGAUAAAGAAGUCAAGGCUCUGCCACCUGUCAAAGACGCAGAUGUCAAGGCUCUACCACCAGUCGAAGAAGCAGAUGUCAAGGCUCUACCACCAGUCAAAGAAGCAGAUGUCAAGGCUCUACCACCAGUCGAAGAAGCAGACGUCAAAGCCUUACCACCAGUUCACAACAAAGAGGUUCAAACUCUACCUCCUGCUCAAAACGUGGAUGACCUUGAAUCUUCUCAAGCUCAGACCGCUGCGGCUGUGGUUGCAGCUGAUGUUGCAAAUGAAGCACAAGAAAAGGUCGACUAUAAUCUUGUUCCUGCGCAACAAGAUGUUACGCCAGAAACCAACUCUCAGUCAAAGGGUCAAACUUCUUCUGUAAAGACAGUCAAGAACUUUGACAUUUCACAGCAGCCGGAAACGUCUGCGGAAAAAGCUGCCAUGGACAAAAACGCCGUUGAGAGCUCCCCCACAGACGUUGAAAUUGUGGUCGUCGAGGGCGAAUUGGACCAACUGCCACCCAAGAAGACCUCCUCCGCCGUGGAACCCGCAGUACUGUCUGAGGCCCCACCAUCUGCGGAAGAGCCUACGGGCGUUGUCAAGGGUGUGCCUGGCGCAACAGAUCUCGUAGGUACUGAGUCAGAGGAUAAAUUCGAAGCUGAGGCCCAAGCAGGUACUUCUGCUGAACAAGAGCCAGACCUUAUUUCCGAGGAGAUUGGCGUUAUCACAUCUCCAGAACAAGAAGCCGAAUUGAUUCAGAAAACACUAGACCCUAAGCACGGUAAACCUGGCGAGACUACGGAAUUGCUCGUCGUCGAGGGAGACAUCCCUCCAUCUCAGGUUGCAGAGUACCAAGAGGCCAGCGAAGCUGCGGCCGCAGAGGCCGUUCAGAAACAAAAGCCCGAAGAAGUCAUUGUUGAGCAAGCCCCAAUUGCCAAGGAGACCGCCAAGCCCCAGCCCCAGAAGCCCGUGGCUUCCAAACAAAAAGCCACUCCAGCGUCUCCUGAAAAAAAGAAGAAGAAGAAAGGUCUCUUCUCGAAAAUAAAGAAAAUCUUCAACUAG